AUGGAUCACGACGGUGGAAGAAGAAACUGUUGUAGCUGCUUGAUGAGCUUCAUCUUCACAGCUGGUCUCACCUCUCUCUUCCUAUGGCUCAGCCUCCGUCCCGACAAACCAAAAUGCACCAUCGAACAGUUUUACGUCCCUGCCCUCAACAAGACCCUCAAUUCACGGACCAACACCACUCUCAACUUCAUGGUUCGUCUCGCGAACCCCAACAGAGACCAAGGAAUCUACUACGACGACGUCCACGUUUCUCUGUCCAACGCCAAUUCCUCUGUCGCUAACUACACGGUGCCGAGAUUCUACCAAGGACACAAGAAGAAGGCCAAGAAGUGGGGCCAGGCUCUGCCUUUUGACAGCCGGGCGGUUUUACGAGCGGUUUUGCCUAAUGGAUCGGCGGUUUUCCGGUUGGAUCUGAAGACGCAGGUGAGGUUCAAGAUCAUUUUCUGGAAAACUAAGAGGUAUGGAAUCGAGGUUGGUGCUAAUGUUGAAGUCAACGGAGAUGGAGUUAAAGCUAAUAAGAAAGGGAUUAAGAUGAGGAAAUCUGAUUCUUCUACGAGAUUGAGAAGCUAUUUCCCUGUUUGUGUUUUGAUGAAUCUGCUCGUCUUCUUCGCUAUUCGUUAA